AUGCCGUCAACCAACAAAACCGAAACUAUUCAGUGGUGCUCGGAUGCCUUGCACGAUUUGUUGGGCUUUGCCGACACGGCGUUGGCUUCGUACCUGGUCAGCGUUGCGAAGAAGGCAACACAAUCGUCGGAAAUCGUCCAGAUCCUCGUGGAUGGAGAUGUACGAGACGUGACACCGGAACGCAUGGAAAGAUUUGCUGAGCAAUUGCUCUCGCACGCUCGACCGACACCGAAGCAAAGCCACGGCGGACCUGCUUCUCGACAAGCAAAGGCCAUUCACAGUCAAACAAAAACGAACGCGGACUGGGUCAAGGCGGCUUCCAGCUAUCAACUGAUUGAUGUAGAGAUCAGCGAAGAACCGUCUAAUCUGAAUAAACCAAGCGACAGACGGAAGGGAAAGAAAGACAGACAGGAUAAAAGGGAUUCUUCCCUUUCCGAACCUCUUACUCCUGCAGAGCGCGUGGAACUAGAAAGGGAAAAGGAUCUGAAGGAACGAGACGAGCUUGUACAGCGCAUGAUGGAACGCGAUCAGACAAAAACAAAACAAAAGGCAAAGUCAGAAGAAAAAUCUGAUUCUUUAACGUUGGAGCGACUCCGCGAGGAGAGCCGUCGUGCGUAUCUGAAGAAGCGAGAAGAGCGUGAGCUAGCCCUAUUGAAACAGUCGCUUCAGGAUGAAGAGGAUCUUUUUAGAGGCGCAAAAUUAACGGAAGCAGAAAAAAAGCGAAUUCAGAUGGGGAAGCAGAUCCUUAGCAUGGUUGAGGAGAGAGACGGUGAGGAAGACAAGGAUGAUGAAUUUUAUCGGUUACCUGGGGACUUUCAUGAGAAACACUCAAGGGCUAAACAGCAAGAAGCAUUGCUGACGUCCCGCUAUAACGAGCCUAAACUCGAAAAAUCGGAACAGGAUCUGUGGGAAGAGUCGCAAACGCAAAAGGCUGGUGCUAUUGGCGGGCGCCAGAAGAAGGCGAUUGAAUCAGACGGUUACGAGUUGUUGUUCGACGAUCAGAUCGAUUUUGUUAUGCAGGAAACUAGAGAAGGCUAUGACAAACACGAGAGUCUGUCAGAGAUGCGUCCAGCAACUGAGCAUGAAAAGAUUCUGGAAGGGCGUACCAAACUUCCUGUUUACGCUUAUCGCGAAGAAUUCCUAGCUGCAGUCAAAGAGCAUCAGAUUCUCAUCUUAGUGGGAGAAACGGGCUCGGGCAAAACGACACAAAUUCCUCAAUUUCUCAACGAAGUUGGAUAUGGUGAGCUGGGGAAAAUUGGUUGCACGCAGCCUCGGCGCGUCGCUGCAAUGAGUGUGGCAGCUCGUGUCGCGCAAGAAAUGAACGUCAGGCUCGGGCACGAAGUUGGCUACUCCAUUCGAUUCGAGAAUUGCACAAGCCCCAAGACGAUUCUCCAGUACAUGACGGACGGUAUGCUUCUGAGGGAAAUUUUGACCCAACCAGAUUUGGCGAGCUACUCAUGCAUGGUAAUCGACGAAGCACAUGAGCGCACGCUACAUACGGAUAUACUUUUUGGUCUCGUCAAGGACAUUGUGCGUUUCAGAAGUGAUCUUAAACUCAUCGUCAGUAGUGCAACGCUUGAUGCCGAAAAAUUCUCGAAGUAUUUUGACGAUGCCAGCAUUUUCAUGAUUCCCGGUCGUAUGUUUCCAGUCGAUACAUAUUACACAAAAGCCCCGGAAGCUGACUAUGUUGACGCGGCGGUUGUCACCGUGCUACAGAUACAUGUAUCCCAGCCGCUCAACGGAGAUGUGCUAGUAUUUUUGACCGGUCAAGAGGAAAUCGAGACUGCGGCCGAAACCUUGUCCGAGCGUUCGAAAAACCUUGGCUCUCGCAUACCUGAGCUAAUCAUUUGUCCGAUUUACGCCAACCUUCCCUCAGAGCAGCAAGCGAAAAUCUUUGAAAAGACUCCAAGCGGUGCUCGCAAAGUAGUUCUUGCUACAAAUAUCGCAGAGACAAGCCUUACAAUUGACGGGAUCUGUUACGUGAUAGAUACUGGGUUCAAUAAACAAAAAACAUAUAAUGCCAGAUCUGGCAUGGAAUCUCUGGUCGUAACUCCCAUUUCACAAGCAGCCGCUAACCAACGAGCUGGUCGAGCAGGGCGGACGCAACCAGGCAAGUGUUUUCGGCUCUUUACAGCAUGGUCUUUCCAACAUGAACUUGAACCAAACACCGUGCCGGAGAUAUUACGGACGAACAUGGGAAACGUUGUUUUAAUGUUGAAGAGUCUCGGAAUCAACGAUCUUUUGAAUUUUGACUUCAUGGACCGGCCUCCUGCCGAUGCUUUGAUAAGAGCUCUUGAACAGCUGUACGCCCUCGGUGCGCUCAAUGAUCGGGGAGAAUUGACAAAACUCGGUCGUCGAAUGGCAGAAUUUCCUUUGGAUCCUAUGCUAAGUAAAUCUGUAAUUGUGUCCGAAAAGUAUGAAUGCACAUCCGAGGUGCUGUCGACCGUCGCGAUGCUUUCUCUAGGUGCAUCGGUUUUCUAUCGGCCAAAAGAAAAGGCAGUACAUGCCGACACGGCGCGACUUAAUUUUGCCCGCGGUGGUGGAGGUGACCAUAUCGCUCUGCUUCGAUGUUACUCUGAAUGGGCAGCAUCUGACUUCAGUCCUUCUUGGUGCUUCGAAAAUUUUGUUCAAGUCAAGAACAUUAAAAAAGCCCGUGACAUUCGGGAGCAGCUAGCAGGACUUUGUGAUCGUGUAGAGAUUGAUCAUACAGUUUCGAAUUCUGACGAUUUCGACGCUACUCUGAAAACAAUUACUGCUGGUUUCUUUUACAACAUUGCGAAACUUGGUCGUACUGGAGAGUAUCAGACAGCGAAGCAGCACAAGACUGUGUAUAUUCAUCCUAGCAGCGUAAUGGCAAAAGAGGAAGAGCCGCCACCGUGGCUAGUAUUUUUUGAGCUUACCUUUACAACAAAGGAAUUCAUGAGACAGGUAGCCCCUAUCAAGCCAUCGUGGUUGGUUGAAAUUGCACCGCACUAUUAUCAAGAAACUGAUAUCGAAGAUUCGAAGACCAAAAAAAUGCCGAGAACGAGACGCAAUUGAUGAUUUGCUGUUUCACCUGCAAAUUAGAAUACUGUUUGGAAUUCUUGUUUUUUUUUAGGAUGGUG